AUGCUCGCCGCUACGCGUUCUGCACGAUCGGCGCGGUUAGCGCCAAGGUCGUCUGUGUCUUGCCGCGUUGGUGGACCGUCUGCAGCUGUGCUUGUGCGGCUGAGGGUUAGGUAUUACAGCGCUGGUGGCACACAAGCGGACCUGCCUGUGCCGAAUAAGACCAAGGUAUGGGACUCGGUCGACGAGGCGGUCAAGGAAGUGAAGUCGGGAGACGUCAUACUCAGCGGAGGUUUUGGUCUGUGCGGAACACCAGACACCUUGAUCGGGGCCCUGGCGAAGCGAAAGGAUGUGACGGACUUGACGGCUGUAUCCAACAAUGCAGGCUCGGGAGAGAAUGGGCUUGGUAAACUGCUACACGGCGGACAGAUCGACAAGAUGAUGGCCUCGUACAUCGGAGGAAACAAGUACUUCGAGUCGCUCUACCUGGAGGGGAAGAUCUCGCUCGAGCUUAUCCCCCAAGGUUCGCUCGUUGGCCGGCUGAACGCCCACGCCGCGGGUAUCCCCAUGUUCUUCACCCCCACCGGUGCAUCCACAGCUGUAGAACAUGGCACAAUACCGAUCCGAUACAAGCCGGGCGGGAUGAAAGAGGGGAUUGCGAUCCCUGGCAACAAGAAAGAGGCCAGGGAGAUCAACGGGAGGCGCUUCGUGCUGGAGCCCGCCAUUGCUGGGGACGUCGCGCUCAUUAGAGCAUGGAAGGUUGACGAAGUGGGGAACUGUGUCUUCAGGUAUACGGCAAAUAACUUCUCAGCAACCAUGGCGCGAAACGCGAAACUCACUAUUGUUGAGGCGGAGGACAUCGUACCGAUUGGCUCCAUUUCCCCUAACGCAGUCCAUGUACCUGGUAUCUACGUCGACCGUAUCGUGAAGGCUACCGCACCGAAGCAAAUCGAGAUCAUGACGCUUGCAACAAACGGCGAGUCAGCAGAAGACGCCAAGCCUCUGACACCAGAGAAGCAGGCAGCGCAAGAGCAGAGACACCGGAUAGCGAGGCGCGCCGCGAAGGAGAUCAAGGACGGCUUCCACGUUAACCUGGGCAUCGGAAUGCCGACUCUUGUACCAGAGGCAAGUGACCUCUUCCUGGAGCCGGGCGUGCGAGUAUGGCUGCAGAGCGAGAACGGUAUCCUGGGCAUGGGACCGUAUCCGACGAAGGAGCAGGUCGAUGCCGACAUUAUCAACGCCGGAAAGGAGACUGUUACCCUCCUGCCCGGUGCCUCAGUCUUCGAUUCGAACGAAUCCUUCUCUAUGAUUCGAGGAGGCCAUAUCGAUGUUGCAAUCCUGGGAGCCAUGCAGGUGUCCCAAGCGGGUGACAUCGCGAACUUCAUGAUCCCUGGGAAGAUGGUUAAAGGCAUCGGAGGAGCCAUGGACCUGGUCUCUAACCCCGACAAGACGAAGGUUAUCGCCGUGAUGGAGCACUGCGCGCGCGAUGGAAGCCCGAAAAUCCUGAAGGAGUGCGCGCUGCCUCUGACCGGGGCACGCGCGGUGAGCCAGAUCAUCACGGAGCUGGCCGUAUUCGAUGUGGACCGGGACGCGGGGGAGCUGACGUUGUCGGAGGUGGCGGCGGGGGUGACGGUGGACGAGGUGAGGGCGAAGACGGGGUGUGCGUUCCGGGUCGCUGGUCACUUGGGGUCGAUGUAG